GGCGGCUCAGACCUAUUUUUACGGAUUUGCAUGAGCAUCCCAUUACUUAUUACUUUAUACUUUUUCAGACACGCAUUUCCCCUCACUUGACAAGGCUGCUAGGGAAAGUAUGGAUAUUGUAGUACUUGGUGUUUGAGGGAGAGGGAGAGGGAGAGGGAGAGGGAGAGGAAGGGGAAGGUGACAUAUCAGCCUUACCUAUGUAAUCUCGAUGAAUGGAUCUUGAUUAUUCAGCGGGGAUGUACUACGUGCGUACUAUCAGAUCAUACGAUCUUGGUUGGGUCUUGCGAAACUUCGGGAUAUCGAAACGGGAGAAGAAUCGCGUGAAUCAAGACGAUAUCGGCGCGUGGAUCGGAUUGGGUUCUUGAAUGUUAUUGUUGUUGUAUUGAGAUAUUGAGAUAUUCUUUUUUGCUUGAUGAUCAUUUUGUAUAUUUUGAUACCUUUCCUGAAGCUUUGUGACUAGUUUGAGGAAAUAUUGGAGCAUCUAGGUAUCUUUAUGGUCUGUCGAGAGUGAGACUUAUACAACCAAAAGCGGAAUUUAGAAAAGAUUCUUCUUGUCAACUUUACACAUACAAAGAUGGACGACCCGAAGCAACAUUUGAAGAUAUGCAUUAUCGGUGCAGGAAUGGCAGGUCUGACAUCCGCGUUGGCUUUGAAAAAAGAAGGAUUUAAAAAUGUGGAAGUCUUUGAGACGGCUUCGGAUCUGGGUUUUGUGGGGGCGGGAAUUCAACUCGCGCCUAAUAUGUCGAGGAUUUUGGAUGGGUUGGGGGUUUGGAAGGAUAUUGAAAGGGAGGCGGUGGAAUUGAAGAGAACGAGUAUUAGAGAAGGGUCAACGGAUGAAGAAUUGGGUUCGGUUCAAUUAGGAUAUAUUCAAGAAGAAUAUGGGUAUCCGCAUAUGGUUGGCCAUCGACAUUCUCUUACUCAGGGUCUUUAUAAUGGAUGUAAACAGUAUCCGGACUUGAAAUUUCACUUCGGAACUAGUGUUCAUGAAGUGCAUGAUUUUUCCCCGAGACCCUCGUUUACGAUUUCUUCGAGAGGGGGAGAAAAGAAAAGAGUGGAAUGUGAUAUUUUGCUGGCUUGUGAUGGGAUUAAAUCGAGGAUUAGGGAGAAGAUGUUGAGGGAUUUGGGGGUAGAUGCUAAAGUGGUGGAUUCGGACCAGGCGGCUUAUAGGAUUUUACUCACGAGAGAACAGAUGGAGGAUGAUCCGGAACUUUUGGAAUUAAUCAACACAUCCGGCGUCUCCCGUUGGAUUGGCGAACGUCGCCACAUAAUCGCCUACCCCAUCUCCUCCAAACGCAUCUACAACAUCUCCACCACGCAACCCGAUAUCAAUUUCGCCAUUUCCCCCUCGGAAACCUACACCACCAAAGGAUCCAAAACCACCAUGUUACAAGUCUUUGAAGAUUUCAAUCCUAAAGUUCGGCGCAUGUUGAAUCUGGUCCCUGAUGGUGAAGUCUGCGAGUGGAAAUUACGUCUGCAUGCUCCGUUGCCGACGUGGGUUUGGGGUAACAUGGCAUUGGUGGGUGAUGCGUGUCAUCCUACGCUUCCGCAUUUAGCGCAGGGGGCUGCACAGGCGGUGGAAGAUGGUGCGGUGGUGGCUGUUUGUUUGGGGAAAUUGAAGGAUGCAACGAGGGAGAGUGUGAAUAGAGCGUUGAGGGUGUAUGAGAAGAUUCGGAAAGAGAGAGCGGAGAAGAUUGUGGAGUUGGCGGCGGCCAGCGCGAGGAGUCUGCAUUUGGGAGAGGGAAAGAUGAAGGAGGAGAGGGAUCGAAUGUUUAGGGAUUUGAGGGAGGGGAGGUCGAAAGAUGUCCCGGAUAAGUGGGCGGAUGCUGAGGUGCAGAAGAUGGUUUAUGGAGUUGAUUGUGUGGGGAUUGCGAGGGAGAGGUUUGGAGAGUUUUGGGAGGAGGUGGAGAGAGAGGUUUGAGGGGGUGUUGUUUAGUGUUUAGCAGGGAGAGGGGAUGUGGGAAUGGUGGUAUCUGGCUUGUGGGGAUCAUAACAGAGGUAUAGUUUCGUAGGUGGAUUUGCCUGAUUGGUACAUUUGUAUGGAGAUGUUGGAGGUAUUUGGAUUGUUGAAAACGGGUUAGUAUCUUUGCUAUCUCUCAUUAGAUAUAAAUCCAAACAUUGUUAAAUAUAUCAAUCUUACA